CUUGGAGAUGUAACCGAGCCUGCCUUUCCCCCGCUCUUCUGCCGUAUCCUCUCUAGGACGCUGGUUGUCAGUAAGGUUCCAUCCGAUGGCUGAUUACCCUAGGGAGUCAGGACUUCUGCCCUGUGAGUCCUGUGACAUGGUUUUCCGCUCCUGGGCGUUGUUGGCCACCCACACCCAGAGAUUCUGCAUUGGCCGGCUGACCCCGGAGGCGACACAGCCUUCAGUAACCACGAUUAUGGCACAGGAAAAGAGCCGUUCAGAUCAGGAGUCCAGGACGUCUCUAAAGAGGCUGACCGAGGAGGUGCGGUUGCUGAGACUGUCCCUACAGGGCUCCCAGACGGCGGGGAGCCCUGGUGAGAGGCUCCAGGUGUUGCAGGGAGCCCGAGCCAGGCGCGUGGCGGAGACUGACGCGCGAGGCCGGGCCCUGCAGCGUCGCAGCGAAGAGCUGGAACAGCGCCUCCUCGGCGGAGCGGGAGCCGAGGGACGGCCGUCCCGCCCGCUCGGCGUGGAGCGCGAGCUCAGGGAGCUCAGGGCCGAGGCCGGCCGGGCGCGGGCCGCGCUGCAAACGCUGGGCGCGCACGUCCUGGCGCUCCAGCCACAGCCGCGCAGCCCUUGGGACGCCUACAGGGAAGCGGAGUUCGGCCGCCGGACUCUGCCUGCCAACCUGGGAACGCUGGCCACGGAGAUACGGGUCCUACGUGAGGCCUAUGUGCGCGGUGGAGGUCGGGACCCAGGAGUUCUGGACAAAAUACGGCAGCUGCAAGUAGAGGCGGCAGCCCUGGAGUUGCGGCAGUCGCAGAACCGCAUGGAAAAAGCAAGUGUCACCUCUGAGGAGCUUCUAAUGGUGGAAGCUGAAAACCGGCUCCUGGAGGCAGAAAUCCUAGCCUUGAAGAAGCAGAAGGGCUUGAGUCCGGCACCCUGGGGACCCGGGGAUCUCUGGCGAUGCAUGAGUAGGAAGGGUGAUACCUUUCUUCUCUCUCCACCAGUUGCACCCCCAAUGCCACCACUUACAAGUUCCAGAAAUGUCUGGAACUUCCAUGCCACUUCAAAGGCUAAACUUAAUGGACCCAUGACAAGGAACGUGGGUCUGGAUCUCCACUCCUCCCUACCACCAGCUGAUGUUCUAGGCCCUGCACUCUAUGAUCCUGGGGCUGGCCUUGUCAUUUUCUAUGACUUCCUGCUGGGCCUUGAAGCAUCUUGGAUUUGGGUGCAGCUAAUGACAAGCUUGGCCCGGGGUGGACAGGAUACAGGAGGGACCACAGCAUUGCCUCCAGCACUCUGCUUGCCUCCACCUUCAGCUCCUGGACCUAUGGGCAACUGUGCCAUCCUUGCAAGCAGGCAGCCUGUGCCCAGGCUGCCUCCAUCCCCACUGCUAUCUUUGACCUGUGAGCUACAGGCCUGGCAGGGAGUCACAUGGGCACCACAACCAAAGGCUUGGGCCUCACUAUUGCUAUUUGACCAAGACCAGAAGGUGCUUAGUGGCCGUUGGCGCCUCCCACUUCGGGUCCUUCCUCCUAAUCCCAGCCUCAGCCUUGAGCAGUUGAACGAGAUCCCCCAGGCAGGUCAAGCUGAGCUCUUUCUGAGGCUGGUGAAUGCAAGAGAUACAGAUGUCCAGAAACUGGAAGAGAUCAAUCCAGCAAGUGCCCAUGAAUACCAGUACCCACCACUGGUCUCUAGUUCAUCAUUGGAAGCUAGUUCCUUCACCCACAAUUCUGCCUUUGCUGACCCUCCACCUCCCACAGAAGAGGCUUGUCAAGGAUAAAGAUGAGCCCUCACCAGUUUUGACCCAAAUGACAUCAGGUUUCUGGGGCCUGAGGCACAUUUCUAAACCUGCAGGUUUUCUAAUGGGGUCUGCAAGAAGUGACGAACUCCAGCCAUGCCAACUAGGCUUUCUGCACUUGUCUUCCAUUUCUAAAGCAGAUCGAGGAGUAAACGGUUUCGGAUAUUUACAAUAA